GGUUAGAAGAAAAAAAAGCACAAAACAAAAAAUUAAAGCAGCGCGUGCGGCUAACGGCUAGCGGAGGAGUAACAGUCGGUCAGUCUGUUAACGGCGGUUAAGUCGGUUAAAGUGAGGCGCAGCCGAAACCUGGAGCCCCGGGGCGGUACGCGGGGCAUGGAGCGAACCGUGGCGCCUCACGGGGCGACUCCACACGGCGGAGCGGCUCGGGAAAGUCGACUUUGACUGGCCGAAGCGAAGAGAAGCAGCGCCGAAGCGAAGCCCUGAGGAAUGGCCGAUCCUCUGCGGAGGACUCUGUUAGCCAAACUGAGGGGGAAGAAGGCGAAGAAGGCGGCGGUGGCUAACGGCGGCGGCGGGGGCAACUUUAAGGCAAAAGUUUCGCCGCCGACGACGACGACGGCGGACUCGCCGCAGCUGAGUGGCCGAGCGGUCGCGGCGGUGGAGUUGGACUCGACGGCCAGCGGAGGUAAGCAGGGUCGGUGUUUGAACGGGGGUUUGGACGGCGGGGUGGUUCGGUUAGUCUCGGGGCUCCGCGAGAACGGAGAAAACUUUAACGGGAGAGACGACGGAGGCGGUCGCUUCUGGGACGAACGCCGGAGGAGAGAGCAGCUCGCCGGCGGAGACUCCAUAGGCUUCGGUAACGCCAGCUGGGGCAGUACUGGGCUGGAACACGGGGACCGGAGGACCGUUAGACUACCCGAGGCUGCUUGGAAGAGAAACGGGACGAGUGAGUGCAGGGAAGCGGGCUGGGACGGAGCUCUGGUGCUCGAUCAAGGGGCCAGUUCGGUCAGCCUGAGAGCCGGAGCCGAGCCGGCAGAGCCGGUCCAGUUCAGCUGCAUCAACGGUCGUCUGCUGGACGCGAACAGCUCAGUGAGUUCAGGGUCAGGCCUUUUACGUAUCCUCCACGCAAACGCGGAUGACCUUGGUCUGAUCCACCUCAUCGAAAGUUCGCUCGAAAGAGAUCUGAGGAUGCCAGCUUUGCAGAGUCCUGCGUUUUUCCCCACCGAGCUGGAAAUACUGGACUCCAAAGUGGGCCCACGGCUCCUGUGGGACACAGAGGGGUCAAACCGGCACAACUCUGUGGACAGCGAGGAUGAAGACUACUAUGACAAUGAAAUUCUGCCUCUCUAUGGAUCUGGGGCUCAAAACCUGGGGUUAAACGGCAGCGCUGGAGCAUCGCAGUCCAUGUCGGUCCACUUUGUCCAGUCGUCUCAGGAAGAAACAGACAGGCUGAGGACUCGGCUGAAAGAAGCUUAUUGCUUCCUCAUAAACACCACGCGCAGCAUGGCUUUUGACGGACAGGCGCAGAGCGGCAGCUCCAGCCAGUCCCGGGACAGCGUGAGGAGCGUGUGUUCGCGGUCCUCCACCAGGCUGGCGGAGAGCGACACGUGCUCUUCCGGACAGCACAGCGGCCAGCAGGCUUGUGGCUCGGACUGGGCCCUGCUGGACUUGGGUGAGAGCUGUGGAGCCAGAUUUGGAGGCUCUCAGAGCAGGAGUCUACAGUGCUUGGCCCCUGAAAGCUGCAGGCCACAACUGCAGAGGUCUGCGAGUGACUCGGGCGUCCGCUAUAGUACAGAACUGAGUCAGGGUGAGCCGUGCACGGUGAACCAGAGCGGCUCUGUCCCUGAGCCCAUAGCAUUGGACAAUACACUUGUUGCAUAUGAGCCAGCAACCUCUGCAGUUUUCAUCGUAACUGAGGCCACAGUUUUGGAACACAUGGGAAACGCAGGCUUGCCUGACCACACCGCCUCAGUGGAUCAGAGCCCGGGAGAACCACAUAUGGAGACCCAGAGUGGUUCCAUGACUGACCCCAUGGCUGUACAUGAUACGGUUCCUGUAUGUGAGCCAGUGGAUGAGUGUUUGCACCCAGAGAACACAGAAACUGAGGCCUUGGUUUCAGACAUGAGCUCGAUUGAACGCUGCAGCGGCUCCAUCAGCAGCCUGGUCGGUUCGUCCGAUUCUCCAGAUGUUCCAGCCCAAAAAUCCGGGCCUUCCAUCUCACAGCAGCUGAGCCAAAGUGCAUGUACUGGAACGCUGGGCAAACCGCCCGGAGUCACCGUCAACAAGAUGCAGGAGUGGAUGCACAAGGGCCGCGUCCUUUCGUCUGAGAUGCGGCAGAGAAUAGCUGGCUCCUCCCUGCGUGGGCCUCAGGGUCAGGACGGCCAGGCGUGGCCAAAAGCCUCCGCUCAUCCGGCCAGCGCCACACACACAGCCAAGCCCGGCAGCGUGGGCUCCGCUGGAGGGCCCCAGCCAGCGCUGACGUUCAGCAGCAGUAUGUCAGGUCGCGAGUCCUGCCCUCGUCCGGCUCCUCUCAACUCCAUCACCGUCUCCAAGAAGCGCAACUGGCUGCACCAGAGCUCCACCCGACUCUUACACCACCUGGACGAUGUCCCGGCGCCCCGCACGCCCGAGGACGACCAUGUAAACACGAACCCCAUCAUCGUCCUGUCUCAGGACGCCCCGCCCCUGCGCCUCGUCGACCCCGCCGAGGAGAACGAUGCGGACGAUGAAGGAGAAAUCUGGUACAACCCCAUCCCCGAGGACGAGGAGGCCGAUCUUCCUCACUGCGUCCCUGCUGUCCAGCCGCUGCUGCUGCAGCCCCCAUCGCCGGGCUGGGCUGGGGGAGCCCCCAGACGGCCCAGUGCAGGGGGCGAGGAGGGGAGAGCGGGGGAGGGAAGCAAUGGAGAAGCAGGAAAAGCAAAUGUCACACAUUCCUGCGAACAGAACCAUCUGCAGAGACAGAUGUGCCGGCCAGAUGUGCAGGAGAGCCUCCCAGCACGGACAGCAGCUACAGAAUCCCCUGAACAAAGCACGGUGGGAUUCUCUCCUCCCACCAGCCCGAAUCCAGCCAAAAAGAGCUGCUCCAUUAACUGGUCUUUUCCUGACCGGAUUAAAUCGCCACGCACAGUCCGAAAGCUCUCCAUGAAGCUCAGCAGGAAGCUCAGCGUUAAAGGGAACCACAUUAGCAGCGCCAGCAACGGCCAGUCGGAAUCCCGGAUCCACCCGGCAAGAGACAACAGAACGGCUGAGCGGAGCACGACCCCACCGGGGGGCAUGGGUACAGCAUCCGCAAGCGGGAACGUGAUUUGCCGCUAUCAUCUGGACAGCAGUGUGUCCACUCAACAGCACAGCUACAGCAAGAAGAAGGGCAGCGGAGAUGGGGUACCCAAAUCCACCAGCAAAGGGGGUUACCUAAGCGAUGGCGACUCUCCAGAACUGGUGGCCAAGUCGAGCAAACAUGGACUGUCCGAGGGUAAGACCAGCAGAGCUCGGGACAAAGACACAGGCGCGCCUAAGACGGAAGAAGACUUGGGGUCAUUUUCACAUUACAGUUUCUCAGAGCAGCCCAAGUGUACAACGUACAUUUCGGGCCACAUGACCCUCCACUUCCGCAAGGCGAAGGGCCUGAAGCCGCCGCAGACCGACCCUCGCCACGUCUACUGCAACAUCCAGGUGGACACGCUCAACAAGGCACGCACCGCCCUCAUGACCUGCCAUACGGAUUUCCUGGACAUGGACCACACCUUCAACAUCCAAGUGGAGAACGCACAGCUCCUCAAGCUGGCGCUCGUCAGCUGGGAUGUGGCGACGCACCAGAACCGCAGCUGCUGCCACGGGACGGUGGUGCUGCCGACCCUGUUUCGCACCCCUGGGCGCACCCACAAGUUAGCCGUGCGUCUGGUGCCCCGAGGGACGUUUUACGUGAAGAUCGGGCUAACAGAGGACCAGAGCUCUCUGGAAGGAUUCGAGAGCGACAAAGAGCACGAAGCAAACGUUUUCGGGGUGGACGCGACCCACGUGGUGGAGAAGGAGGCGGCGGGGCUUAAGGUUCCCCUCAUCAUAGAGAAGUGCAUCACUGAGAUCGAGAGGAGAGGAUGUCAGGUGGUGGGUCUGUACCGUCUUUGUGGAUCGGCGGCGGUGAAGAAGGAGCUGAGGGAGGCGUUUGAGAGAGACAGUCACGCUGUAGAGCUGUCAGAGAGCAACUACCCCGACAUCAACGUCAUCACAGGUGUUCUCAAGGACUAUUUGAGGGAGCUGCCGUCUCCUCUCAUCUCUAAAUCGCUUUAUGAAGCCGUUCUAGAAGCAAUGGCCAAGCGUCCACUGCUCAUCGGAACCAGCGGCUGUGAGAACGAUCCAGCCGACUCUGAACACACCGUCAGCCUGCUGGAGACGCUGCCGGAGGUUGAGAAGAUGACUCUGCAGAAGCUUCUGGACCACCUGAAGCGCGUGGCGUCCCAUCAUGAGGUGAACAAGAUGACGUGUCAGAACCUGGCAGUGUGUUUCGGUCCAGUCCUGCUGAGCCAGAGACAGGAGGCGUCGUGCCUCAGUAACAGAGUGUUUGUGGACUCUGAGGAGCUGGCCAGCGCCCUGCACUUCAAAAAGCACAUUGAGGUCCUGCACUAUCUUCUGCAGCUCUGGCCAGUUGUGGAUGCGCAGGGUAAACCCCCAUCUCCUGCUCCAGACACGCCUAUCCCAGAAGUGACGGUCCCAACAGUGACUGCUCCAGUGAGGCGGAGAAAGGAUCGUCCUCAGGUCCUGAACCUGACCGACGUUGACUUGGUGGGGGUUCUGCGGCCUCGGGCCGGCCGGCUGGACAGCCCCAGCAACCGCUAUGCCGGGGACUGGAGCGGCUGCAGAGAGACGUACCUCCAGCAGCCCCACCAGGAGGAGGCCGACUACGAUGACGUCCCGAGCGAAGAACCAUCCUCUACUGGACACGAGGAGAGCAGGAAGGAGGCUGGGGACGGAGCCUGUGAACAGGACGCUGUUGAGGUGGACGAAUCAAUGGAGAAAGCGGAGAGCACACAGGCGGAGGUGGUGAAGGAGCAAGAGAGCGCCGAAGAGCAGACGGAGGAGAGCGUUAGCGUUAGCGGACCUCAGGACAUUGAAGAACCCGUCUUAAAACCCUGGGGUGAUCAGAUCCUUUUGGAGAGAGACGAGCACAGACCCAAAGAGCACACGUACCAGGCCUACAUGAAGAUCCAUGAGAUCAGCCCUGUGCUGAGUAACCGAGUGAACCUGCGCGACCUGCAGGAGAGCAUCGACACGCUGAUCGGAAACCUGGAGCGCGAGCUGAACAAGACUAAGCUCAACGUGGGCUACUGAGUUCUCACGGCCAGUCCUGGGGACCCACUGACCUGCAGUUUCAAGUGUUCCCUGCCCCAAAACAGCUGAUUUUGUAAUCGAGUUAACGUUAGCAUGGUGGCAAAGUCACUGUUUCCAACAUGCCCAGUUUCAAUUAGCUACAGUAGCAUAGCAUUUUGAACUGGAAAGGCUUAAAUUCAAAAUUCAGUUCCUUUAUGGUACUGAAUCACUUCUAUAUCUCAGAGUAUUGAGAAAUUCUGCUGUUCAGUACCAUAUUUAAAUAUGUAUUUUAAUAUAUAAUGAGUCUUAUCAGCAGCUAUGAGCCAAUAGGCAGGCUUCCUCCAAUAUCUAGACUGCUGAUUGGCUGUCAAAUUGAAUUUUGUACGCAUGUUGUUAACGUCAGGAAUCUGGAAUCCAUCACUGCCAGUAAAUAUACAAUUUCACCACCUCAUCUGUGGCUUAGCAACGCCCACCUUUGGAUGGAAUUAAAAAAAAAAAGUAUAGGGAAAAAGUAUUUUAUAUGAAUCUAUAUCAAAAUUGUAUCUGUAUUAAUUUCCAAUGCUCACUACCAUUUUCUCAUAGGGCUGAAUGGCGUUUCUGCUAAUGUUCUGUUGGUACAACUUGGCAACAGUUGCUACGAAAGAACAUAUUUGUGGGCGGAGCAUGGAUAGUUUUUUUUAUCAAACGCUUAAUGCUUUGAUCAGGCAUGUAGGGGUGGGGAAUUCUUGACCCUGGUCUGGUCAGCGUCAGGACAACAGUGCAAGGUCAGCAGCCGGCGCUCACCACUGAAACGCUGUAGCAACUGUGGCAACUCGAUGGUGACGCUGGUUCUAUAGUUACUGCCGAGUCAUUCUGGGAUGUGAAACGUGGCACUUCUCUCUCACACAAACACACGAUGGACGUAUUUACUGACAUUCCUCGUCGGACUUUGAUCCGAUUCUUCUGCUCCGGUUCUCUGUCUCUGAUUUUGUUCGCUACGUCGUCGUUGUCGUUGUUUUCUUCUUAUUAGAAGAAGCCAUUGAACCCUGAGGGGUGAGCCAGGUGCCUUAAUUGUGUAAAGGUGGUACUUAAGGCAGCGGAGAGCUUUCUUUUUUAUUUGUAUUAUUUCUGUAAAGGUACGGAAUUAUUACGAUCUAAACCAAUGCACUUACAAAAAGCCCGCUCGUAGAGGCGGGACCGGGAGUUCAGGUAAACGGUACAGGCAUAAAGUCUCGCAGUGGGAGAGGCAGUUAGAAGAGUAGAUUCACCCCCAAGAACCUAAACCAUACGCCCCAGAAUGCUUAAGCUAAUCACUACAAUUUAAGCCUAAUACUUUUAUGCUGUAUACACUGCAGAUUGUUAAGCUAUAUACACCAAUAUAGACCCAAAUGCAUAGAUCUGAAAUCAUUUACCAGAGUCAUACAGGUAGAUCCCUAAUAUGCCUACAGUGACUGUCAAAGUUUGGGGAUAUUUCACCUGCUUUUUGACUUUUUCCUCCAGUGUUUGAUUUUCACUGAUACUUUAUAGUUAAGUAAGUAUAAUCAUAUCAUAUUCAUCAAAGUGUUGAAACUAUUGACAGUUUUCUUACUUUUUUCUAUUCCAAACUGUUGUUAAAAGCACAUAUUGAAUCACUUUGGCCCAAAGGCCAACGCUGAUAUCGCAACAGUGGGAUAAAGUGGUUGGGCUUUGGCUUUAGUCUUUAAAUGGGCUUUAUUUAAUCACUUUUUCCCUCAGUUUCUUCAACAAAUCUACAGAGUAAGCAUGUUAAAAGCCUAGGUGUCCCCAAACCUUUGACAUUCCAAAACUAAACACCCUGAAUGCUUCACUCAGACAUAUAGACACCUAAUCCCAUAAACUCUGCGCAUGUAUUCAUAUGCCUUUAUGUAGAGUCUGCUUUAAAGUACUAACACGCUAUGGUAAGUGCUAAUGUGAGUGCUUCAUCCCGUAUAAACGUAUACAAAUCUUCCUGAAUUUAAAAAUCUUAGUAGUAUCUAUGGAUAUAAUAUUUAAGAAUAGCUGGUAGAAUCUAAAGAAUAAUAUUUUAAAUAAAAAUAAUAGAAAUUGAUGCCUGUUUCCUCUCCUCCCACCUACGCUAACUAACAGUGUCCAUUGUGAGUGAGCAUGUAUACGUGCAAAACCCCAAAUGGCUUAAAAAUACAAAAAAAAUAAACACAUCUGGAUGUGUGUUCAGUGAUGAUUCUAGUGGAAAGAUCCAGGAUGUUCGCUUGCGGUGGACAUACCUGCGGCCGGUGCCUGAAACAGCGUCAUAUCUUAGCAGUCCAGGGAUGCGAACCCGUCAGUAUUUAUCAGAUACAAGUAUGUAUAAAUCCAGUUGUUAUAUAUUUUUGGACAGUUUCUAUGUGUGUAUAUUUAAUGUUCCUCAGUGUGUAGUAUUUGGCCUGUAGAUCAGCAUCCGAUAAAUAAGGAAAUAAAGGUGUUGAUUUUUACCACAUUUCGCAUGUGCAGGACUAAUCAAAGCAGCUUAAGCUGAACGGUACGAAUAACAGAGUAUAUUUACGUGUUCACGGUAAAAACGUGAUUUUUAUUUUCGGUUCUGCGUGUACGUGUUCCUGUAGGCUAGUUUCUGGAGAGAUCCGUGUUGAUGGCUGGGUUGAGUCCAGAGCGUUGCAUGGUCAAAAGCUUUACGGUCAGAAAUAAGUAUCUAAAUAUCUCCUGCAGUCGUCUGUAUUUAUGCGUGUAAAUAGAGAGUAUUUUAAUUAUGGUCGAAUCGUUGUUUUUCUGUUUGGCAGCUGCUCACACAGGUGUAAACUAGUCAAAUUGUUUUGUCUAUGAGAAUAUGAAUCGGUUUCCACCAGCCCAGCAUUGUUUUAAAGCCUGUUCUUCAUACCUGCCCUGAUACAAUCUGGACUCCACCAGUUUUUAAAGAGAAUACAUGCUUGUUGCAUCAUGUAGAGGAUGUUAAUUAGUUCUUAUCAAACUGAUAUAAGGAAGCAUAGCUGAUAGAUUUUUGUAAAAUGAGAGAAUAUACACUCUUACAUUCACAAUUAUUAAUAAUGAAGUACUGUAUUAUCAUAACAUAGGCAGUAAUGUAAUACUGUGGGUAGUACUGGCUGUGCUUCCUCUCACAACUGGUCGAAAAUGGUGUUCUCCCACUGCUGCUGCAGUUAGGAAAGUACUGGGCCUCACAGUUAUUGAUCAGCUUCCAUAAUCAGGCAGUUUUAUAUAAUCAGACUCACAAAAAGGCUUUUUACGGUAGAUUUACUGUCAUUUUUACUGAGAUUUACUGUAAUUUAAUUUUAAACGUCUUAACUGAUAAAAAUCCACAUUAUGAGGGAGCUUCUUCAGCCUGUAAUGCUCACAUGAUCAAGGCUACACUCUGAAAAGUAAAGGCUCCUGAUUGGUUCUUGGCUUGGAUAUACGGUUCUAGGAGAAACUCUUAACUGAUAGAAAACCUUUACAUGAUGAGGAGGUUCUUUACGUUUUUAAAUGUUCUCAGUCGUUGCUGACGGAACAAAAAAUGCUUAAAAUGGUAUCCUUACAGGAAAAAGAAGAACCUUCCACCCAUUGAAAGGUUCUUAAAGAACCAAAAGUGGUUCUUCUAAAAUCCACAAGGCCCGUGGGCCGAGUCCAGCCCAUGGCACAGUCCUGUUCAGCCUGCGAAAUUAUUAUAAUUUUCUAUUAAUAUUAGCCCAUUUCACCACGAGCUGCACUACAGUUCCCAGCAUGCACUGCAACGUAAUGUGUGCACCCACCCCCUCCCCAAUGAAGAUCUAUUUGUGGGACAGCACCACAAAAACAAAAACAAAACAAAGAUUCCAGCUGUCCAGUUCAAGCUAAUCGACAGGUUUAAAAACCUACUGUACACUGGAGACAUUUAGUGUAGUUAAGCUCAGCCUGAACAGGUUUAGUCUGCGAGUCUGGAUUAUCUGUGUGGGAGUGAAGAGCAGGUUUACCUCUUCAUGUUAUCUUGGGGCUGGUGCUGAAGCCAGUGUUGUUCUGGUGCUUCAAGUGUGCAGUGACCCAAAGCGCUGCUCUCAGAUCAGCUCUCUGUGCCAGAUUUCAGGCCUCUGUUGUGAAGAGGGCGGAGCCUGGGCUGAUCCUGAGUCGGCGCUGAGGCCUCUCACAUACGUGCAAAAGGUACUGGACUUAAUGAAAAAUGUGAGCUGCUCCUUUUUAUUGUCAGAACAUUCCUUUCUUUUGUUCUCCCUCUCUCCCCGCCCCUCUCCCCCCCUUUCUCUCUCUCUCCCCUCUCUCUUUCUGCCUGUCUGUCUGUCUCUGCCGUUCUGACCUGGGAAACACCUGGGAGUCCGAACGCUUCUGCUCCCUCUGUGUUGCUUUAACCGCUCGGUUCAGCUCUGUUACUCUGAUAUUGGACAGAACCCUAAUAUGAUGAAAAUAUGACUAAACCUGAUACACUUUGUACUGAUAUUGAGAAAUAUAUGGUCACAUUAAAGUAUAUAUUUCAUGUGUG